CUUCCAUCAAUCUUCAUCCUCAUUCCUUCUCGCCACUUUCACCUGCCUGCAUAUAUGCUAGGUCUCUUCUGCAUUCCACAAUCUUUUAGGUGACAAACCCGGAGAACGCACAUCACGGCCAACAUGGGGCGCACGAAAGAAACGGUGCCUCCGCACCUCGAGGAAAUGCCCUACGCUAAGGAACCCCUCAAGACGGCAUACGUCGUGCAGCGGCUUCUCACAACGUUGCUGCUCGUACCCUGGUGGGCAAUGUACUACACCGUCCAACCCCGCCGCAAACCCCGAGAGAGCUGGGGCAUCAAGCAGGUCAUCUCUGUCAAGUUCACUAGGCGGGUUUAUCGAGUAACGGAACUCGCGGGGGUCACUUGGGGCACACGCAACCCUGAGAAGGCAUGCAAAGACCGGGAGCUGAAGGAAACGAGGUUCGAAUGGGCCGACCUGCUGCCUGAGCAGUUCAGAUCGGGCAUCAUAGUCGAUGACGAGGUGCCCUUCAAGCGAGUUGGGGCGUUUGUUUGGCCAAGGGAGAUGCCCAAAGAACUCAACCAAGAGCCCAAGCGAGAGCCCAAACAAGAUACACACAUAGAUCUAGAGGCUGGUGGAAAACAACACAUCGUUGCAAUAUUUUUGCAUGGUGGAGGCUAUUGUCACAUGUCCGCACACGAGAAGUCCAGCACUUCCAAGAUACCCAGGAGAUUAGUAAAAGAUAAGGCUUUCGACGAGAUAUAUGCCGUCGAAUAUAGAUUAUUACAACACGCCCCCUUCCCCGCGGCUGUACAAGACGCUGCAGCGGUUUAUGCUCAUGUCUUGCGCAAAUACCAAUGCUUGCCAGACCUGGAUGAAUUGUCGCGCCACCACAGACCAUUCAUAAGUCGCCGUGGCAGACUACAUCCCAACGACGCUUACCUGGAACCAUGGGGAAACAGCCGGGCUGAGCUGCUUGGGACCCCGAAUUUAGUUAACACUUAUCUUAAGAAGUCAUGUAAGGUUGUGCUCAUUGGUGACAGCGCUGGAGGCAACCUGGUCUUAGCUCUCGCGCGGUGGAUCAGAGACGAGGGAAAGCUACCGCCCCCAGAUGGUCUCCUAUUACUUUCUCCUUCGUGCGACCCAUCACAUGCUUUUCCUGAUACCCCUUCUUCCUACAUACCACGUCCACACGAAUCGACCGACUAUCUCGUUGACACACCCGAACCCCGUGCUCUCCUGCAACGCACCUUCCUGGGCCACCACCCGCUCGAGAUGAUGCACAGCCCAUACGUGAGCCCGGCGUCGCACCGCGUGCUGCGCACCUUCUACGGUGAAGUCUUCGCCACGAGCGUGCAGGACCUGACGAUCGACGCGCUCACUGGAGACUUCAUGGACAAGCUCCGCACCAUCGCGAGCGUACCCCCGAGCCCGGACCCCGGUACCGUCCUGGGCCCUGGCAUGCCGACGCCCGUCACGCCCGGCAUGGAGCUCAGCCCGUCGCUCUCGCAUCCCGUUAUUGCGUCCCCGCGCGGCCUGAGCCUGUUCUCCGAGUUCCCGCGGACAUGUGUCGUGCUCGGCGACGCCGAGCGCCUCGAGCGGGAGGUCAUGAAGCUCAUCGGCGCGAUGGAGAGUGACGGCGUCCGCGUACACACGAUCAGGGUGCGGGACGCCCCGCACGACGUGCUCAUGAUGGGUUGGUGGGACGAGAAGGUAAGGGAUGAGACGUGGCAGAGCGUUGGGCGCUGGGUCGCCGAACUUGCGACAUCGCGAUAAACGAUGUGGACUUUAGUGUUUUGUUCCAUGUAUUAUAAUCAUACUGUCUGUUCUUGGACCUUGUAUAUAUGUUUAGCAGCCUAGAACCCAAAAAUGCAUCUUUGCAUGAGGGUAGUAUUCUACACAAUGCAGCAGGGAUUAGUUAAACAUAUUGUGCGAAGUGUAAGAUCUCGAGAGGCGAAAAGCAUAUACAUAGCUAGGAUGUGUAGGUAACGCAGGCGGAGACCAAGGGUAGGAAGACAAAAAUCCACCGAGACCAGGGAGCAGAAGUCCAUGUGGGCAGUUUACACGCGAAUAACAAAUGAAAUAUAAGGCUCACUAAAGAAGUUAAUGAGCCAUGUCGGAUUGACAAGACAUGCAGCUCGGAGAUCGCUCUGCUACCAACUAAGCACCCACAACAUCGUCAGCAGCGACGCCACGAACGCAGACAAUGUAACUUCUACCCUUCCAUCAGCAGCGCUCACCGCGCCCGUGACCGCCACGAACCCACUCCCACAUGCCUCGUUCGCCAGCUUCGCCGCGCCGUCAUACACCUCGUUAAGUGCCGUCAGGUUCUGCCACAGCGAGUACAUGCUCAUGACGCUCUUCGUGCACGCAGAACAGCUCGGCACCGUGCUAUUGGGGAGGGAGAUGCCAAAGGGUAGCGUGUAAAAGUAGAGAUCAGACGGGCUGUCCUGCUGCACGGCUUCGAUGUAGCAGUACGCGUUCGUCGACUGGUCCGGGAGGCAUGCGACGUUGCGCAUGAGGGUGUACGCAAGCAAACCAGCUUGUGUCUGCGUGACGAUGGCGUUCUGUGCUUUGAGGUCCUCCUCGCAGACAUCCUGCAAGUUAUCAGCGAACCAGCCCAUGUUCGAGACGCAUUGCUCGAAAUCGGUGUCGGUGUUGCAGGUACCCCAUAUAAUGUCGUUCAGUACGGUAAUAUUCUCCUGAGCCUGCACAAAUCCGGCUGACUGAACUAACAGUAAAGAAAAAGGUCGACACGAACUGAGGGCGGUUGACUGCUGGGUCAUGUUGAUGAAGAAGUCGUAACAUUGUUCCGUGGUGAAAUUCCUCGACAGAGUCGAAUCUAGCGGUUGCGGGAACGGCGUGGGCAGGACUGGCGGUGCAGAGGGGAUGGUAGGCAGAGCCUGGUCGGCACUGCUUCCUGCCGUGGGCGUUGGCGAGGUUGACAGUAUCACAGACGAUUCGGAAGAGGUGGGCACCGGGAGGACAAUCGUCACUGGCCCGGUCUCUCCACUGCCCUGAGGCAUGGGGUCAGGACUUGCAUGCCGCUUGUGCGGUCGCCAGUCCAGCAGAGAUGACGACCAUGUCUGCCAGUCCAUCGAGUCUUGAUCGGCAGAGAAGGCGUCGAGGAUGACCGGAUGGGAUAUGUAUCGUGUCGAAGCCGUAAUAAGCACCAGAACUAGUGGUACUAAGAGGAUGGUCCAGCGGAUACGGCGACCUGUUCGCUGUUUCGCAGCCUCGGAGGAUGCGAAUUGCACCACCACGCCACACUGGCUGUGCUUAGGUUCCGGAGGGGGAACGGGCGUACAGCGCAAUGAAAAAGGUCGUGGCACCAAGAGGUACUGGGAACCCUCCGUGUCAUCUGAAUCAUCUGAAAGUGGUGAUUCCUCGCGUGCUAUCUGUGGCGGGGCUGGGGAUGCGGGCGGGGUGAACAUUUUACUGACAACGAAGCGACCUAGAUGUUGGCAGCGGCACUUCGCGACAAUCUUGGGUGCACCGGUAGAUUCUCUCUGGACUACGGUCAAGGAAGGGAGGUCGUAACGAACGUGGGGAAUGAACAGAUGUUCAGACGGGCUAGAUGACUGCUUGUAACCUCGGGAGAAUCGAGAAACCUGCGCAGAAUCUCUACCACUCGAACCAAA